AAAAAUGAAGUCAAGUCCGACAAGGUCACAGAUUCAUGCAAUUCCUCCGCAAACAAUACAGACUCAAGAGCCAUGGAAGAGCUCUGGCUGCGGUUGAUAUGGACUCGGAUGGUGAGGGAAAAAACAACAAGAGACAACACGAGAUAACACAUCGAUUGUUGGAGUACAACCGAUUUUUUAACGAACAUUUUAUUGCCUGCAUCCAUUUGUUGAUUAGUAUUCAAAAGACUGCUGAACAGCUAGGAUGGAUAAAUUGGCUCCGGCAGCAAUUGCGGUGCUGUGUUUGGUGUGUUCGGUCCGCGGCCAGGUGGACGGUGAGAACUACCGUCUGCCCAACAACAGCUACCCGGUACGGUACGGCCUCGAGUUGACCACGUACGUCCACGAGGACGGCAGUGCGCGACAGUUUAGAUUCGAUGGCAAAGUGAAGAUUGAACUGGUAGUGAAGGACGAAGGCAACAGUAGCAUAACUGUACACUACCGCAAAACAACGAUCACGCACGUUAAGUUAUGGUCCAGGCUGGAGACCGGUUCAGACCAUGUGCUUCUGGAUGACAACUCCAGCUUUACGUUGGAUCCGAAAAGGGAGUUCGUAACAGUUUCACCACCAGAUGUGAUUCUCAAUGGAACCUACUUCCUGGAGAUUGAGUACAACGGUGAGCUCCGCGAAGACAAUGCCGGAUUCUAUCGAUCGUCCUAUCUGGAUGAUGACGGCAGAACACGCUGGCUUGCCACGACGCAGUUUUCCUCGACGGAUGCACGCCAUGCGUUUCCAUGCUACGACGAACCGGGGAUCCGAGCUCCCAUCGGUCUGACGGUCAUUCAUGGGGACAACUACAUGGUGCUAUCAAACAAUUUGCCAAAGGAGAGCAGUGUGGGGCCAAUUGCCGGUUAUACAAGAACCGUAUUUGAAGAUACGCCGGUCAUGCAACCCUAUCUGCUGGGCGUUAUCGUCAGCGAUUUCGUUUCCGUAUCAUCUGUGCAGUAUCCCCGCCAGGGAGUGUUUGCUCGGUACAAUUCCAUUAGAAAUGGGGAAGCCAAUUUCAUUCUCGAAGCCGGAUACAAAAUUCUCAAGGUGUUGGAAAGCUAUCUGGAAACGGACUUUGCCCUUCCGAAGAUCUACCAGGUUGCCGUUCCGGAUUUUGCCGCUGGAGCAAUGGAAAACUAUGGAUUGGUUACCUACAAGGAGGAAAAAUUCUUCUACGACAGCCGAUCAUCGCCACUGAAACAGAAGCAUGAGAUAGCAACGGUAGUUGGACACGAGUACGGUCAUCAGUUCUUCGGCAACAUGGUUUCCCCCGCUUGGUGGAGUUACCUUUGGAUGAAAGAAGGAUUCGCCAGAUACUUCGAAUACCUAGCGUCGGAUAUUGCCUACCCAGAGUUGCGCAUCCGCGAAACCUAUUCCGUCCAAAAAAUGCAAAACGCAUUCGAUCUGGAUUCACUAGGCUCCUCUCGGCCCAUGACAUUCUACGUAAACACUCAGACUGAAAUAGCCAACGUUUUUGAUAAUAUUGCGUAUGAUAAAGGUGGCUCCAUCAUGCGAAUGUUCCAGCACGCUUUUGGACCGGAAAUCUUCCGUCAAGGGUUGAUCAACUAUCUACGGGCUAAGGCAUUUCAAGGAGCGUAUCCAGAAGAUUUCGCCGAUGCUAUCCAGCGAGCAAUAGACAAUUCCACCAACAUAGCACUCCCGUCGACCAUUACCGUUCUGGACAUCCUCAAGUCGUGGACCGAACAGAGCGGAUACCCAGUUUUACAUGUAUCCAGAGGUCUCGAUCUACGAGUGUCACUCGUGCAGGAUCGCUAUCUGCUGAAAACCAUCGAUACAACGGAAGCAUCCUGGAUUCUGCCCUACAACUUUGCCACAACUAAAAAUCCCAAUUUCAAUACGACCACUGAUACGAGGUGGCUUCUCACCAACAGUACCAUCCUGGCAGCCGAAGGGUGGUCCGCAUAUGAUUGGAUAAUCUUCAAUAAACAACAAACUGCCUAUUACCGGGUAAACUAUGACGAACGAUUAUGGAAUCUCAUUAUCGAGCAGCUACUGCGGAACCCUACCGUCAUCAAUAACAUCAAUCGUGCUCAGCUGGUAGACGAUGUAUUGAAUUUGGCACAAUCUGGUCGAUUGGGUUACGACACGGCUCUUAGAUUGGUGUCGUUUCUCACGAGGGAACGAGACUAUGUUCCUUGGGCCGCUGCUAAUAAUAACCUAAACGUAUUGACGCGUCUGUUUGCGGCUUCAUCGAAGAUGGAAUAUCUGAAGAGAUAUCUAUUGAGUGUGAUCAAUCCAGUUUUCGUAGAACUUGGACUGGUUACGAAAACGAGCGAUGAUCUCUUUGCUAGGCAGACUAGGGAGAUUGUGGCAGCAUGGGCAUGCAAGAUGGGAUCUCAGGAUUGUCUACGCAUGGCGUCUGAGAUUGUGCGCGAAUCUGUUGGACCUAACAAUAUGCAAAUCGAUCCUGAUGUUCGAAGCGCCGUGUAUUGCGCCGGACUGGUGAAUGCUAGUGAAAAUGUAUUCCUGGCAGUUUGGACCAGAAUGCAGUCAUCCAAGGAUCAAUCGUUUAGAACGGACCUGAUCUACGCUCUCGGAUGUACGGAAAGCGUAAACCUGAUGCAGCUAUUCUUAAACACUUCAAUCGCCGACGAAUCCGUCGGAGUAAACUACUUUGGACAGGAGCGGGAGCGAGUCUUCGCUGCUGUCUACAGAAGUAGCAGGAAAGGAAUGGAAGUAGCGCUCAAGUUCUUCAUGGACAACAUGAUGGAGAUAAAUGUGUUAUACAACAAGGGGAACUUUGGUGGACGCGCCAUAGGAAGUGCAGUUACAAAUUUGGCUAAGUAUAUCGUUGACUUUGAGUUGAAUACUCAAUUCCAAGAAUUGAUUGAAAAACUAUCGGAAGCUGGUCUGCUGCGAGACACCGACAUUCUCCGAGCUUUGGAACAAUCCAGUGAAAAUCUACAGUGGGUUCAGUCCAGAGGCAAAAGCAUCGAAGAUUGGUUAGAAAUGCGUUAUCCAACAUCAACGGCACCACCUCCUACGACAACGGAGAUGCAAACGACUACUACUACUACUGCUGCAACUACUACUACUACUAUUACUGCUGCAACUACUACUACUACUAUGCCUAAAACUACAACGCGGCCAGAAACAACAACAACAACCACGAUGAGUUCAACAACGCCGACUACUACAACGGCAUCAAUAACCAGUACCACAACAGCACAAGAAAGCACUACAGCUGAAGCCUUAAUAGAAUCUACAACCGAACACGGUGCAGGAGCCCAUGGCCAGAUAACAGUAGCACUACUGAUGGCUUCCAUAUUGUUUAGCUUUAUGUGAGAAAUAUCAUGAAUUCAGGCAAUGCGAUGCUUGUACAUCAUAAACUUAUGCGCGAAUAUCUGAAUAAAAUGCAGAA